AUGACUUCAUCUGCCAAGGUCAAACAACCAUCAACAUCAAAGAAGUGUGAUAUCUGCCAGAAACAUGCUGGAAUUCUAUUAUGUACAGGAUGUGACCAGACGUUCUGUCGAAAAGACUUCAAUGAACAUCGACAACAACUCUCAACACAACUCGACAUCAUCAUUCGAGAGCACGACCUUCUCAAACAAAACACUGAACAGAUAUGUGAUGCCACUACUUCAAAGGUGUUCGAUGAGAUUGAGAAGUGGGAGAUGGAGUGGAUGAAGAAGGUGAAGAUGGCUGCUGAUCGUGCACGAGAAGAAGUGCGAGACAUUGUUGCUGAGCCGAAGAAGCAACUGAAACGAAUCACAGACGAGAUUCGAUCGAGAAUGGCAGAAGAGGACUUUGUGGAGUAUGAUCUCGAUCGAUGGAUGAAUGAGAUAAAGCAGCUGACUGUAGAUGUGAAGGCCAUGCCAACGACGAUUGUCGUCGAAAGUGGUGAUGAAUGUGAGUGGAAAAGAAUAAUCAAAGUGAGAAAGAUGGAGCAUCAGAGUCAUGUGUCCAACUCACCGCAGAGAAGUGAGAAGGGAGUCAAUAAAGUGAAACAACUUGACUUCAAUAAACUGAAAGACCAACCACACAGACAGAUCAAAGUGGAUGGAUCUGAUUAUGCUAUAGGAGCAUCUGAUAUGAAUGUGCUCUACUGUGGUGAAGGCACACUGUGUCUGACUGAUCGAACUGGUCGCAAGACAAACACACUGCAGUCUGGCGGAUUGAAUGUCUGCAGUAUCUGUUGGUCAUUGUUUCUUGACAGAUUUCUGAUAUUGACGAAAAGAACUCUUCAUUCAUUGAAUGUCCAAACAAGUGAAGUGACACAGAUCAAACAAGUGUCAGACAAGAACAGAGCAGACUUUUAUAGAUGUACUUGUUCAAAUCAAACAUUGUUGCUGAGUUUUGAUCAAACGGGAUCAGUUGUUGAAGAGUGGGAUAUGAGUGGAAAAUGGAAAAUGAUGAGAAGUUGGCAACCACCUGUGUCCUGUCAACAGAAUGAGUGGAUAUGUGAAAUUCGAUUUUCAUUUGAUAGCAGUCAGUUAGGAGUAACGGUGUGGGUAGUUGGUCGAUACAAUCAGUUUCAUGUACGAGAUCGAUCAAUGAACAUCCUCAACAACAUCACAUUUCCUCGUUCGACAUAUGGAUAUCUUCUUCUCUCUCUUCCAAAUGGACAAUGGCUGACAAAUGAGCAUAAGAAUAAAGAACUUCAUAUUAUUGACAGAGAUGGGAAAUUAGAGCAAACUCUCAUAUAUAAUAAGAGUGUUUUGGAAACAACAUUAUUAGGACAAAGAUGUCUUGUUAUUCGAACAGAUGACAAACAACUCUCUUUUCAUGAUUUAUGA